UCCUCCAUGACAGUCACGCCCCUUAUGUUCAACGAACGCCGCUUCAUACAUACCCUGUUGUUAAUGGCGCGGACUAUUUCAUUUUUGUCGAUUUUCGUGGACAAGCAGUCAAAAGCGCACAUCUUUUCACUGCCAUCUUAAUGCGCCUGGGAGGUUUGCUGGGGGGAUUUUUUGUCACUGAUGUGGCAGCGUUGUUGCUGGAGGCAGCCCAGCGAGGACCUGACGUCUGUUGAUCACUGAAAAACAUACCAAUUUGCUGUUUUGUGCUCUUUCUGAAAGAAGAUGCCACAAGCUGGUGCCGAAGGGGCUUUUAAGCCCCUUUGAGUAUGUUUCAACAAUGAAGAGGCAUGUGGAGGACCAGGAACCCAUAUUUGCGCCCCAGCAACCACAUACCCCAGUGCAGGGCAUUGCAGAAAGCUUCCAACAGAGGGCUCUAGCCCCAACUACCACUGUGAUAGAGGCAGCUACAAACAAUAUGCAGCCAUCAUCUGGCAUCCAGUAUUCUCUACCCCAGGGUUACCAGGUGCCGACAAUGCCCCAGAGCACAAGUGGGCACGGACUUAACAGUUCUGGACAACAUGUUGGAGCCCAUGCACACAGCAUAGCAGUCCAAUCCCAGGCCCCUGCAGUGGUCCAAGGUCAUGUGCAUCCAACUGCGCCCAUGACUUCAGCACAAGGACAGCAGCAGUUUCAGCGUCUGAAGGUUGAAGAUGCUUUGUCAUAUCUUGACCAAGUAAAGCUUCAGUUUGGAAAUCAGCCUCAAGUGUAUAAUGAUUUCCUGGAUAUUAUGAAAGAGUUCAAAUCGCAGAGCAUAGACACUCCAGGUGUUAUCAGUCGCGUGUCGCAACUCUUCAAGGGCCAUCCCGACCUCAUUAUGGGCUUCAAUACUUUCUUGCCACCUGGAUAUAAAAUUGAGGUUCAAACUAACGAUCUGGUCAACGUGACCACGCCAGGCCAGAUUCACUACAUCACGCCUCACGGUAUAUCUGUUCAAAACAUCCCCGUAAGUGCGCCACCCAGCCAGCCUCUAAACCAGCAUCAGCACCAGACUGUGCCACAGGCUGGCUUACACACUGCUACUGCCACCCCACCUGUCCCCACCCAGCCUGCGGCAAAUAAAGUCAACAAGGCCAUGCAGUCUCCAGCCCACACGCCCACCAGCCAGCCGAACCCAUCCAUCCCAUCUUGCACCUCACCGCGCUCACCUUCAGUUCAGUCUCACACACCAGUAAGCAACACGCCGUCUGGGGGGCCGCCUCCACAGAACAAUCAGCCAGUGGAAUUCAACCACGCGAUAAACUACGUCAACAAGAUCAAGAAUCGCUUCCAGGGUCAGCCAGAUAUCUACAAAGCCUUCCUGGAAAUCCUGCAUACAUACCAGAAAGAGCAGCGAAAUGCCAAAGAGGCAGGAGGCAAUUACACUCCAGCCCUGACUGAGCAGGAGGUUUAUACUCAAGUGGCGCGACUCUUCAAGAAUCAGGAAGACCUGCUGUCAGAAUUUGGACAGUUCCUGCCUGAUGCUAACAGCUCAAUGCUGCUUGGGAAAACUGCACCUGACAGGGCAGACUCUGUGCGUAAUGAUCAUGGCGGGACAGUAAAGAGACCAGUACCAAACAAUAAACAGAAAUUAAGCCACAAUGGGCUGACUGUCAAAAGACCCGGAGCUGCUGGAGUCUCACCCCUUCUCAAGAAGAAACCCAAAAUAGUCGGCAAGGACCAUCAUGGCUUUGGCGAAGUUGGAAAGCACAGCAACAGCACUGAAAGCAUGUUCUUUGACAAGGUCAAGAAAGCUCUGAGGAGCUCUGAGGCAUAUGAAAGCUUCCUGCGUUGUUUACACAUCUUCAACCAGGAGGUGAUUUCCCGUGCUGAAUUGGUUCAGUUAGUCAUCCCAUUUCUUGGAAAAUUCCCAGAACUGUUUACAUGGUUUAAAAACUUCCUGGGCUACCGAGAAUCCAGUCAAGGUGAGUCGAGCCAUGCGGAGAGUUUACCCAAGGAGCGGGCAACGGAGGGCAUCGCCAUGGAGAUUGACUAUGCAUCCUGCAAGAGGCUGGGCUCCAGCUACAGAGCUCUCCCUAAGAGCUAUCAGCAGCCUAAAUGUACCGGAAGGACGCCACUAUGUAGAGAGGUUCUGAAUGACACAUGGGUGUCAUUUCCAUCAUGGUCUGAAGAUUCGACUUUUGUAAGCUCCAAGAAGACACAGUAUGAAGAGCACAUUUACAGAUGUGAAGAUGAGCGUUUUGAGCUUGACGUUGUGCUGGAGACCAAUCUAGCCACGAUUCGAGCUCUCGAGUCAGUCCAACAGAGGCUUUCGCGAAUGUCUGCGGAGGAGCAGCUGCGCUUUAAGCUGGACAACACGUUGGGCAGCUCUUCAGAGGUCAUUCACCGCAAAGCGAUUCAGAGGAUAUACGGAGACCGAGCCAACGACAUCAUUGAUGGUCUUAAGAAGAACCCAACUGUGUGUGUCCCCAUAGUGAUAAAAAGGUUAAAGGUCAAAGAAGAAGAGUGGAGAGAAGCCCAGAGAGGCUUCAACAAAAUUUGGCGGGAACAGAAUGAAAAGUAUUAUCUGAAGUCACUCGACCAUCAAGGCAUCAACUUCAAACAGAACGACACCAAAGUGUUUCGCUCAAAGACCUUGGUCAGUGAAAUAGAAAUGCUGUAUGAUGAGCGUCAGGAGCGUGCCUCAGAGGAUCCUGCCAUUCCUCCUCCUAGCGGCCCACACAUGAACCUGGCCUACGAAGACAGUCAAAUCCUAGAAGACGCCGCGGCCCUUAUUAUUCACCAUGUCAAGAGACAAGUUGGCAUCCAGAAAGAUGACAAGUACAAGAUCAAACAGAUCAUACGCCACUUCAUCCCCGAUCUCCUUUUCGCCCGGCGAGGCGAGCUCUCUGAUGUGGAGGACGACGACGAGGAAGUGGAGGAUAUGGAUGCAGAUCCAGAUGGCAGCAAGAAACAUAAUGGCCUGCCCGGCAGCAACCCGUCAAAGUCCAAGCUCCUCUUCAGCAACAUGGCAGCUCAGAAGUUGCGUGCCACCGAUGAGGCCUAUAACUUGUUCUUUGUGAACAACUACUGGUACAUCUUCUUGCGCCUUCAUCACAUCCUCUGCUCUCGUUUGCUGCGAAUCUACGGGUACGCUGAGAAGCAGAUUGAUGAAGAUGCUCGCGAGAGGGAAUGGGAAAAAGAAAUGUUUGGCCUCCAAAAAGAAAAGAAUGACAAUACAGCCUUCCAACUUAAGAUGAGGGAGCCAAUGGAUGUUGAAGUAGAGGAUUAUUAUUCUGUCUUUCUGGAAAUGGUGCGGAACCUUUUGGAUGGUAACAUGGAACCAGCUCAGUAUGAGGAUUCCUUGAGGGAAAUGUUUACCAUCAAUGCCUACAUUGCCUUCACAAUGGACAAACUCAUCCAGAGCAUCGUCCGGCAGCUCCAACACCUCGUCACUGAUGACGCAUGUGCGCGGGUGAUGGACUUGUACCUGAGUGAGGUUGCCAAUAAAGCCACGGGUGGUUCCCUGCUCACUCAGGCGUCCCGGGCCACAGCAGAGGGCACCUACCAGCGCAAAUCAGAGCAGCUCAUGUCUGAAGAGAACUGCUUCAAGCUGAUGUUUAUGAAGAACCAAGACUCUGUUUGUAUGGGAAUGGAGCUGCUAGACACAGAAGAGGAGAACUCUGAUGAGCCUGCAGAGAGGUGGUCGGACUAUGUGGGCAGAUACCUGAACUCAGAUUCGACUUCCGCAGAGCUGCGUGAGCAUUUGGCCCAGAAACCAGUGUUCCUGCCCAGGAAUCUGAGGAGAAUCAGGAAGUGCCAGAGAGGAUGGGAACAGCUGCAACAGGAGAGGAUGACCACAGGCCCCUCGGACGAGUUGCAAGGUGACAAGAGCAAACUGAAGAUGGAGUGCAUGUUCAAGCUCAACUCCUACAAGAUGGUGUAUGUCUGCAAAUCGGAGGACUUCAUGUACAGGCACACUGCACUUACACGCGCUCAUCAGUCCCAUAAACGGGUCCACAGACGCCUGCAUAGACGCUUUCAGGCCCGCUUGGACACCUGGGCCAAAGAGCAUGUGACAAGCGACAUGGCUAACGACUGCCGGAGUUGGCUGUCGGGAGACGGACGAGAAGGCCUGUUGCCCUGUACUACAACGUGCAACCCAGAGGUGCUGCAUUAUCUCACUGUUAACAAGUACCGAGUCAAGUACAAAACAUAGUAGCCAAUGAUCCUGUCAGCGACCACACAAGUAGGACUGUCCAAGGACAACGGAUGGAACUUUGUUCUUCACCCUGCCUAUUCUUUUGCCAACUUUGGUCUGCUUUUUUCAUCACUCAAUUUAGGUCAAUUUAGUACUUUUCAAUCUUAGAAAAUCCAGAUUUUCAGGUCAUUCUGUUGAGAAAGUUUUCUUUUCCAUGGGAAAAUCUUUUGAGUGAACGACAGAAGCUCUUUGGGUAAUGAGAAAACUGUUGCUUCCAGUUCUAAAAGUGAACAGGUUUUGAAUGUUCCCGUUGCUGAUAACUCUGGAAUCAACUUUUCAAAUAGGACAAGCCAACCGUUUUUUUUGUAAAUGAUGUCCAUUAAAUGUCAUUCUUGAUGUCUGAUGCCCUGUAUGACACAGUGGCAUUAUUUAGCUAGUUGCAACUAAAUGCAAAAUAUAAUUUCUUUUAAAUCACUACAGUUGGGGGGUGUCGGGUUAGGGACUUUUGUUGUUAGUGGUCUGGUGAACGUCAAGCCUUGAUUUACGCAAUUAAUUUAUAUGCCCUUCAAGACUGAACUGUCUACACCUUUACACUGUCUGGCAUGGCUACAUUGUGAUUUUAAAACGAUUGACCGUUCCCAAGCAGCAUUUUGUGCUGGUGCGCAUAGUGUUCAUUCAUCUGUUUUGGAAAGUACAGUUUUCAAGACUGAAAUGAACCAUCAACGGCUCAUCAACUCUUUGUAUUUACGUUUGUCAAAACGAUCCGUAUCUGUGUGACAGAUUGGUGAAACCUGCUUACGAAUGAAUGGAUGGAUGAAUUCUCCCCAUGUUUAGUGUCGAUACCGCCUCUCAGUUGUAUAUAGUAGUUCUAUCCGUGAAUGUCAGCCAUGUCCAGUAUUUGGUAAUCCAGUCAGCAAUACUUAUACCCCACUGUGAAUGUUAAUUCUUAUUGACCGCCCGCCCACCCUAAAACUCAUCCGAAAGUGCUAACAUUGAUGUUCAGAUUGUAGUUAUUGUACGAUAAAAUGAAAGAAGUAGGUUUUUAUUAAUAAUUUCGGGGGACGUGGAACAGUGGAAUUUCAGCCUGUCACUCCAACUUCAAUGUGCCACAUGUCCAGUCAAGCCUGAAAUUCUUCGUAUUCCUCAGGUACAUCUGAAUAAUUUUGAGCUUGAUUGUAUGCAGAGAUGAGAAAUCGAGAUUUGGAAAAGAAAUAUACUAGCACGAUUUGAUUUUGGCCACAGCUGCUUCUACUCAACCGGCAGGUAAAUAAGCUCAUUUACCUUACCUGUAGAAACAAAUGUGGCCAAAGCCAAAAUGGUGUGGGGCUUUUUUUUCUCUUUUCUCCCCGGAUGUCGAUUUGCCACCCCUGACUGUAUGUAAUAAGUUAUUUGUAAUGGCCCCAAAACAGGAAAGAUUCAGUCUGACUUCAUGUCAGACAAUGAGGACAAAAAAGCAUUUGUCUUUUGAUAUAGCGUAUGUAAACUUCUGGUUUCAUACAUUUUCCAUUAAGAAUGAAUUACAACACCAACACAGUUUGACAUUGAAGGAAAGAUUGAGAGGGGAAAAAAGAUAUACCACCAUUUUAAAGUGAUGAAUACCGAACUAGCUAUCUUGCAGUUGGGUUUUAGUUUUGUAUGUAUUUACUGUGCGUAUUUUGGUUAAAACGCCGCACAGUUCAGAUGAGCUGAUUGUAAACAAAUUCAUUGUAUCUUUUACUGUGUUUGUUCUCUUCUCUCGGUGUACAUGGUAGUCAGGUGUUUGUUAUUAAACAAUCCUUUAUAGACAGAAA